AUGUUGGAAGCUAGUACAUCAACAAUCAAUCUGUGCUUAGAAAAAAUGAUAGUGUGUUCAUUAAAAACUAGCCCAACAUCAAUAGCAAUUAGAAUUAGUCAAAAAAAUAAUUGUAUUGAGGUUAUUGACAAUGGACGGGGACUAUCAUUGUUAGAGCUGGAAAAUUUAGAUGGACAAUGCUCAAAAAAUUGCAAAAAUAAAUUUAUGGAUAACUUUUUUGAGUCAUUCAAAUUAAUACGAGCGAUUACUUCUGGAGUAACUAUCAUGACAAAGCAAUCAAACUCAGAUUCAUACAUAAAAGUCUUCGGGGAUAACACGUCUUCUGCGAUGAAAAUUAUUGAUAGGCCAACUCAUGGUAUGACAGUGAUCGUAAAAGAUUCAAAAAUAUUUAUCCACGAAAAACUACAAAUUAAAAAAUUAAAAAUUUCACUGGCACUGUUGGCUUUAAAUCGUUCUGAGAUUUCUUUUUCCGUUUACGACAAGGAUUUAAAUGAGACAAUAUUUGGAAUUGAAAAAUACAAAAAGUCAUCAGAAUUAUUAAAAAUUAUUUUAAAAAAUGAAUUUGAUGUAGAGAAAUAUCAUUUUUUCGAAAAUAAAUUAUCUGGUGGAACAAAAAUUAAAGGAUAUGUUGCGAAUGAUCAUACCAUCGCUAAAAUUCAAAAGUUUUUUUUUAAUGAUGAAUUAUUAAAUUCAUUUUCUAUUGCUAAAAUCAUACAUAAUAUUUUACCGAUUAUUAAAAAAUCUCUUGGACAUGAAAAUUCAUUAAAUUGUAAUUUCGAAAAUAUUUCUUUUAUAAUUUAUAUCGAUUGCUUUUCGAAAUGUAAAUUGUCAGAGAUAUUUAAUACUUUCGAAGAAGCUAGUAAAGAAAAAAAUUUGAAGUUACUUCAGCCUUGUCUUGCUGAAGCUUUUGAUGUAAAAUUGAAACUUCGAGGUGGCAAAAGAAACAUGAAAGCCAAUAAAAAGUCAGCGAUAUUUGUAAAAAAAUCAAGCAUCACACGAAAAAGAAUUUUUAAAUAUUCAAAAUACUGUUCAGUCGAUUAUUUGAUAAAUAAACCGGGCAUUAUAAAUGAAAUCGAAGCACGCGAGAGUGUUGAUACAAAAUCUAGUGUAAAAUAUCAUCCACCUGUAUUAUCAAAUUUACCCUUGAAAACAUCAACGGAAAAAAUUCCCCAACUAUUUUUGGAAAAGAUCAAGUAUGAAUACUCGAAAGACUCUUCAAUUAAUCCAGCUAAUUAUUCGGUAAAUAAACCAGAUACAAUACAAAAUGAAAUUACAUCAAAUAAAAGUGAUAAUAUUAAAAAUGAAAUUACAUCAAUUAAAAGUGUAGAUAAAAAAUAUUAUAAAGCUGCAUCACCAAGUAAUUUAUAG